GGGAUUGUUCGCCCUAAUUACAUGUUCGCCCUAGGUUCGUUCGCACUGAGUUUGUUCGCCCUGGUGUUCCGUUCGCCCUGAGUUCGUUCGCCCUAUUCUCAUUAAUGAUAUGUAUAUGUUACAUUAAUGAAAGAAAUGCAUAUUUACAUUAAAAUUUAUGUUUAUCUAUUAAAAGCUGAAUACAGAAUAUUAAUUAAAUAAAAUUCGGGUUGGCUGCUACAUUGAUACACUUUAUUUUAUAAUUACUUUUAAUUACUGUUGAUUGAAUUUUGAUUGCUGAUUAGGUAUAAUUUGAAAUUCUUUGAUAUCACUGAUUGUUAUAUGAAUUGUCUUUGAGGGAUUAAUAAUGAAAAUAAAAAUUUUCUCAAAUAAAAUAGUCAGCUUGGAUGGGUAAAAACACUGAUGUACAAAUUGUUAGACAUGAAAGGGAAAUUAUUUUCGCAGCUUGGCUUCUUUGAUCUCAGUGUGUUUUGACAAAUUUGGUAUAUAUGGAAUUGGAUUAUGGAACCGGUGCAUUAUUCCAUAAACUAUGGAAGUGUACAUGUGUAUUUCGUGUGACAGAGAGGUCCGACCUAUUCAACAUGCAGUAUCAUGUGACGUAUGUGAGAGAUGGCAGCAUAGAUUGUGUGGCACUGUACAACUUACAAAGACGCCAGACAUGGCAAUGACCUACAGUUAUAUCCAUAAGAAGUACACCAUCCUGGAAGAGAAGAUCCAGACGGCAUGGGACCAGUACAUGGGCAAUGUCAUCACAACAACACACUUUUUGAAAGUGAUUGCCAAACUGUACAAGCCGUCCGACAACCAUGCCAAAUACUUUGAAUCCACAGAACCUUAUCCUGGUAGCAGAAAGACAACAUAA